AAAAGAAAAAGAAGGCGAAGAAAAAGGCUCAGAAGAAAAGCGAAAGUUCCUUAAUAGAUCUACCACCGGCGAGCAACGACGCGAAUAGACCAUCUUCGCAAGCGACGGAUUCUGUUAUUGGAGAUCCACAUCUCGGUUCUGGCUAUUUCUUAUCGUCUACACUUAAUGUUAUCGAAUUCGAUGGAUACGAGGUAUCCCACGGUGAAGAGUUUAUUCCUGUACCGAAUACUCGCCGCUCUCCAUCAUCGCCAUCCCAAGGUUGUCAACAGAUGUUUUUAGAGAAAGUUUCCUGUCUUGAUUGGAUUGGCCCAUCCGACGAGAAUCGUCAGUCAUCUGUUCCUGCUGCUAGCCGACAGCCGAAUUUUGAGACUAUAGAGGAAAUGUUACCUAUAACAGAUAGGCAGAGCUCAGCAUACGUUCGCGCAACGUCAAGUACCAUAACUUCAGUCACAACUGCAAAUAAAAAACCAAGUGGUUUAACAUCUCAAACGAUUGUGGCAUCGCGUGUACCCAUUCCUGAAAAGGUUUUUGUUGUUUGUGGCCACUUUUUGAGCCAAAGGCCAACGUGCGAUUACGUGCAGGCUAAGACCUGUCAAUGGUGUGAGGAUCGUAGCUUGUUAAACUACGCCGUCUGGAAUGACAUCUACCGUUACUGGCAAGUUAUAAGGCCAUUUCCUGCUGGUAAGAUUCCUCCCGACGCCCCUCUUAAUGUAUGCAGGCACUUUGCUGCUAAAACGUCCUGUCGAAAGGAACCGUGCACGUAUGCUCAUGGGGAAAUAGAGAGGCAUCUAUGGGAAAAGCAGCGAGAAGGCAGCCUUCACACUCCGAAUGAGAGUCUACGGUUGUUACGAUCUAUCAACGCCACAGCACCCACGCAGCUCAUUACACAGGAGAGGGAUACUGAUUCCCUGCCGCUCCAGACGACGGUCACUAUAACGGAAUGUGUUACGAUGGCUUCGUUCACAACUUCCUUAGUAAAUAAGUGCCCUGGCUUUGAUGCUGUCGUAACUCAAAGCACUAUUACAAGUCUUCAACCGAGCACUGCCAUGGACGUUCAGUCGAGCAAACCCUCUACAUUUAGCCAUAUCCGAGCUACAACUGUAAUUGCUACACCCAAAGCAGUUCCGUCAGGACCCAUUCCCUAUCAAGGCCCCAAUAAAGACGGAGUUCACAUUGCAUCUCCUCUUUUCUCCUGCACAACACCUAUAGCCUCUAGUGAUCCCUCUCUGCGACCCCAAUUUUUACCGACAUCUGACAUGGGGAUUCAAGAGGCGAGUUCCAAAGGAAAUACAUCAUCCACAGGCUGCCUUGCAGAAGAGAAGGAAAAUCCCAUUGCACCCAUCGAAGCCUUUGUGAAACCUACUGAUUUGAUGUCAAAAGUGAAACAUGAAGGGACAGUCUUGUCUGAUACACUGAGGGCAGAAGUUUCCAACCCUUCUACUUGGUCUUCACCUUUGGAGAGUAAUGAGAUAAUUUCUACUCCAGUUACAUCUUCCGCACAGACAUCCACACAGACUUGUGAGGAGAUUAUUCAAAGCAGUAUUCCCUCUCAAAGUCCUGCUUCGGAACACUCUACAAAUUCUCAGUCGUCCACUUGGUCUAACGUACUUAAGGCUGCUGGAGGACCGUCAACACCGAUUCAAAAGACGAAUGAUAUCCCUUCGAAAAACUCUCCUAAAGACUAUAGAAAAGUCCCUACUGGUGUAUACGUCGUGUGCGACCAUUUUCUUAAGGAAAAUCUCAGGCGGGCAGCCAGAGUUUCCCCUGAAGCCAAACCAUGUAAAGGCUGCGAGAACCGGUCAAAGUUCAAGUACGCUUUCUGGAGUGUUACUUGGAAACAAUGGGAAGAAAUAAGCCCGUAUCCCAAAGAUGUGAAUAUCAAAGUUGCAUUCAAGAAAUGUCGUCAGUAUUCCAAACAUGACCGUUGUCUUAAGAUACCAUGCUCUUUUGCCCACAGUGAGCUGGAGUUAACCAUGUGGACAAUGGAAAGAGAAGGAAUUCUUCCUACGCCACGGGAGUCUUUUACCGGGUCAUUUAGUAGCAUGCCAUCUGCUUCAACCCAGAGGUCCUCAGCUAUGCAGCCUACCUCCCAGCUUCGACACAGACCAUCCCCACCAGGAAUAACAAAUGGCUCCUAUCGCUUAUGUAGAAGUUGCUAUACGCGUGAGAGGUGCAGAUUCGGUAGAGGGUGCAUCUAUGCUCACAACCAGCACGAACUGAACGAAUGGAAAAAGGAGUACGACAGAAAAAUAAAGGAGAAACUAGAGAAAGAUAUUAAAGAAAGAGAAGAACUGUUUUCUUCUGAAAUGGCAUCAAAAAUCUUAAAAGCCCCUCAGGAAGAUCGAGUGGAGUAUCUAGCUGGAGUCGAGGUUAUUUGCUCACCUCCCGAGUUCAAUGUAAAACUUCGGGACAAAGAGCAAUAUAAGUGGACAUUCACUCUUACCUUCCAGCCACAUGAGGUAGGAACCUUACGAAAUGUCUUUCUCCUUCAUCGAUACCAUAGCUUCUAUCACUUAUCAGAGAUUCCUGUUGGCUGCUAUGAAGAAAAGCAUGGUUCUGAAACGUACAAGCUUUGUUACACAGCCAAGCUGAAAGGUCCCUGGUACAAGUCUCCAAGCUCAGCAAGACUUGUUGGACGAGUGGAGGUGGUUCUCAAAGUUUCCUUUGAAUCUCCUCUGUAUGGAAGCUUUGAACAGCUGGUUUCAUUCGACUUUGGGAGGAAACCUUACCUUGUAAAAAAACUUACUGCUGAUGUUACAAGUGAGUCCGUUACGCUUCCCACUGCACCAGAACAUCUCGCUACGCAUGCGUCUGCAAUAUGGGACGAAAGGUCAGUAGAAGUGGUCAGAUUCGUCCACGAGACAAAAGAGGCUCUUCAGGCAGAACACUUGUCAAGGAAGCACAUACUUCCUAGACAAGUAGAAAUUACUGAUAAGGUCCUAAGCCCUAAGAUCUACAAAAACGUCAUGCACCAAUUACUAUUUGCGGAGGAGAGGUUCAUGAGAGAAGAAAUAUCACGUUACACCUUAAGUAAUACCCAGCUACAUGCACAGAGAAAUAUUCAGGACGAUAUGACUGGAAUGAAGUGUGCUGUGAAUGGCGAAUUAUUUGGUGUCUUCCGUCUGCAAGAAGACGCUCUCAAACCAGACGAUGCCGCCGGUCGUCUCCUUUAUCGCAAUGUCAAUUCUGUCUGGCUCCAACCGGCCAAUAGUGAAUCCAGAACCGUUUACGAAGCUUCAGUAGAGAAAGUGGGGAGUGAUUGCGUUGUUUUAAGACUACCGUCUAAAUUGUGCUCGGAACUGAGGCUGCACGACACUUGUGAAACUGCUGUUAAUGCUCAGUUCCAGCUGAAUCGUUGGCCACUUUGUCAGUUGCACGAAGCUGUUGAAAGACUUACCUCAGGACAGUUACGCCUCAUAUUCCCGGAUCCAACUGUUGGAACUGUCAGAAGAGAAGUAAAAAUCCGUUGGCAAUGGCUUCUCGACAAGCGGUUAAAUUUAAAUCAAAAGAAAGUCAUCGAAAGAAUUGCUUCCCAUGAGGAUAAUGCCCUCCCUCUGGUCGUUUUUGGUCCGUUCGGGACAGGAAAGACAUUUACUCUUAACCAAACCGUUCGUCUCUUGGUACAACUGGACAAAUCGAACAGAAUUCUGUUAUGCACUCAUUCAAAUCGGGCGGCAGACCUCCACGUGGAAUUGUUGCAUGAGUAUCUUACUGAGAAGAAUGGAACACCUGCAGCAAGGCCUUUAAGGGUUUAUCAGCCAAUGAGAAGACUAGAAACGGCAUCUACGAUAGCAAGGAAGUAUUGUUUAAUCGAGGAAGGUAUGUUCGUUUUGCCCCGUCGGGAUGACGUCGUUGAGCGUCGCGUAGUGAUUACAACACUUGGCACAUCGCGAGUGCUUCUUGAUCUGGAAGUGUUGCACGGAUUCUUUACUCAUAUCCUCAUUGAUGAAGCCGCUCAAGCGCUUGAACCCGAGGCCUUAAACCCACUGAAGUUUGCUGGAACAAACACGAAAAUUGUCUUUACGGGAGAUCAUAUGCAGGUACAAAUGUGGACUGAGGGGAAAUAUUUCCAAAGUUUUAUAUUGACGGCUACUCUCAUAUUUUAUUGCUUACUUCCAAGUUUUUUAAGUUUUUUGUUCGUCAUUACUGUUAUGAUGAUGAUGAUGAUGAUAAUGAUGAUUAUUAUUGAGGCUGAGGCAUCCAAGGGUAAUCCCAAAUUAAAUGAGGAAUCCAAUGUUUUGUGGCUGAGAGAAAACUACCGAUGUAACGAACAUAUUCUCAAGUUUCCCUCUGAAAAUUUUUAUGGUAAAAAGCUAAUUGCUCGCGGACAUGAGUCCCAACCGGCGCACCCGAACUAUGGCCCCCUUUUAUUCUUCUCCGCACGCGGUAAGGAAACAAAAGAGCAGGGCAAUUCCUAUCUCAAUUUAUCUGAGGUUUAUGAGGUAGAGAAGAGAGUCAAAGAGAUUUCCGACAAUUGGCCUGCUGUUUGGGGCCCCAAGAUUCUAUCUGAUAUCGCAGUUCUGUCUUCUUAUCGUUACCAGGUGCAAGCCAUACGAAGAAGCUUGCGGAAGGAAAAAGAUCUGAGAGAUGUAACGGUGGAUACAAUCCAUAACGUUCAAGGGGAAGAAUUCCGGGUGCUUUUUAUCAGUACUGUGCGUACAUUUCAUACUUGCAAGCCUCAGCAAGAAGACUUGCUUAACAGUGGAUCAGAUGGACAACUUUAUUGGGAAUUUUUGUCAGACCCAAAGUUGCUUAACACAGCCGUGACGAGAGCGAGAUGCAUGAUUGCAGUAGUUGGUGAUCCUGUCUCUCUUUGCACAAUGGGAGAAUGUCGAGGAAUCUGGAGAGACUACAUCAAGAGAUGUUAUAAGGCAGGUGGCCUACAUGGAACAACAAUGGAAGAGCUAACAUCAGAAAUAAGGGCUUCUGUUGCCAGUGUCCAGCUUAAUCCUAUAGCUAGGGCGUUUAUUCCCAGUUUCUUACCAAAGAUUGAGAAAGGCUUAGAUGCAAAAGCACCUGAAGACAAGACAAUAGAAAGUACCCAAGAUGACGUGUGUGUAAAGGUGAAAGUGGAGAAGCAAAACGUGGGGAAAGUCAUAGAAACAAGGAGCGACAGCCGAGGGGCAAGUGGCCAGCAAAUCCUAAAUGAAGGCUCGGCGGAAAAUGAUGACUUGGAUGGCAGGGAUCGACCGAUUCUCAACCUUAAGGAUCAGGAUAGGGAUCAGGACGAAGAAGAGCCUGACGACGACAAUGCAGACUCAAAUUACUUUCAAGAAUGCCUUCUUGAGGACGAAACGGUAUUUCCUCAAGAUAUGGACGAAAUAAUUCAGGCAUUUGUCCGAAAAUGCGAAGAAACACUGAAAAUAGACGAAGAGCGCCGAUCAGUUUUUGAAGACUCCGAAUUCCCAUCCCUCCAAACGAUGAGAGACUUGAAACAGCAACCAAUCGAGCAUGUGCAACGCUCUGGAUUCAAGGGUGGUGCCGACAUAAAAGAUCUGUUCCCAGAGGUACGAGUCAUAAACGGCCGUGUUGAAGUGCGCCUUACUAACCUUGGCUUUUACAGUUCUCCAUCCGAAAGAGCGAAACGAGUCAUGAUUUCCUCGAGGCAACAGGAUUUUCUUGAUCCCUCUGUCCUGAUGAAACUGAUCGCGGACGAACCUGAGAAAUAUAUUGUCUGUAAUCUUCGUCUAAGUCCUGAAAAGUUGCACGUGGGUUAUGCAGAGGUUGAAGAUACCAAGACGCCAUCCAUUCAAAUCAAAGGAAAGCUUCGUCAAGCAUUUGAUAGGGACAAAGUUGUUGUAGAGAUAGGUGAAAGGAAAGCCCAUUCAAAGACCGAUGAAAAUGAGCCAGCCGUCCAAGGAAGAGUUGUUGGUGUACUUGAACAUAUAAUAAGUCCACAUGAACGACAGUUUGUAUGUACAACAGAUUACGAAAGUCCUGCAGUAAUGGUGCCCAUCAACAAAGCAGCCACUAAACUGGUGAACCUUACAGACAAGAGUUGUAAGAAUAUUCCGGUAUACAAAAAGGAUCAGUACGGAAGAGCCAUAAAAGUAAGAAUGUUGAAAAGAGAGAAAGUCCUCAAUGGGAAGUACCUUUUUGUUGUAAAAUACCUCCAGUGGAGAAGUGACUUUAGCAACCCCCUCGGUAUCGUUGUGCGAGCACUGUCCAAAGGAGAAGAUUUGAAAAGUAGCAUGGAAAUUGCGUAUGCUGAGCAUGGGGUAAGAAGAAAAUUUAAAGAACAGACCCUAAAGUAUGUGGGUGAAAACUUUCCGCCAGGAUGGUCCAUUCCAAAAGCAGAACUUAACAAUCGCACCCGGGUUUCUGAAGCCAUUACAAUUGAUCCUCCUUCAUCCCUAGACCUUGACGAUGCCUUGACGAUAGAGGAUAUAUCUUCCUCAACUUUCCUAGUGGGGAUACACAUUGCUGAUGUCAGUUUCUUCGUCAGACCGAACACUCCAAUAGAUGAUGAAGCAUUCGCACGCUGUACCUCAUAUUAUCCUGGCCACGGCCAUGAAAAUGUCCCAAUGCUUCCGCGCCCACUAAGUGAGAAUUUUUGCAGCCUACUUCCCAAUGAGGACCGUCUAGCAGUAUCAGUAUUCGUGACUCUAGACGAAGAAGGAAAACAAAUUGGUGACCCACAGAUAAAACGCACAAUCGUUCGAUCCUGUUGUCGGUUGAAUUAUGUUGAGGCUCAGAUGAUUAUUGAUAAAAUAGAUGAGAGUACAUUAGAAAUACCAGAAGGCAUAAAGAGAAAAGUUAGGCAGUUAAGUUCCUUAGCACAAAAGAGAAGAAUUCAUCGCCUCGGAGAUGGAGCAUUUGAUCACUGGCAAAACGGAGGAAAUGACUUCGAAGCCCACGAGCUAGUGGAAGAAUGGAUGAUUCUUGCAAACGAAGAAAUCGCCAAACUUUUGUCACAUAGGAAUUCUGAAUUAGCACUUCUGAGAAUACAGCUGCCACCAAAAGAUCACAGAUUGGCCGAAUGGAUUAAAAUGUACGGAAAGUAUACAAGAAUGUCACUGACGUUAUCCGCAACGUUCACGGAAGACACAACAAACACCACAUCAUUCGUGGCUCUUCAUGAUGAAAGCAUCAAGUUCAAGAUUCAGAAGCAAGUUUGGUGUGCAAUAUGUCAAGCCGCCGAGUCAAACGAUUUUCCCUCACUUCAAUACCUGAUUUGCAACGAGAGCAACUAUCCACAAAUUGCUACAGCUGUUUCUCAUUUUCGACGUCUGCAGGCUGAAUCUCGAUGCGUUUGUGAAGGAGAUCAAUCACCUGAGAACAUUUACCACUACUCUCUCAGAAUACCUCGAUACACACGAUUCACGUCGCCAAUAAGGCGGUAUAUUGAUAUCGUGGUGCAUCGCCUACUCAUUGGUCUCGUAUUGACAUCUUCCAGCUGCAACACAGUUAAUCUCCCUAGUAAAGACGAAGUUUUAAAGGUUUGUCGACGCUAUACAUUCAUGCAAGACAACGCACGAAAAUUUGAAAAGUAUUGCAAGAAGAUCCACAUGGCGAACCAGCUUCAGCAACGGUGUCGUGAGACACGAGUCUUCGUUGAAUCCAUUCAGCAUCAGUCAAUUUGUCUUCAAAUUUCGAAUAAAGAAGACGAUCUCUUGUCAAGUAAGGACAAAAGAAUAGCCCUUAGUCACCUUAAUUUACUGACCGUGGAUGAAAAAGAAGAAAUUCAAGGUAAAGAGCAAUCGAUCGUUCUCAAAUGGAAAAUCAGAAAGUACGUUGCGCCGGAUUACAAAGGAGAAACCCCAGAGUUAUCCAGUGCUAAACACAGAGGAAUUGACGAAGUGAUCGAAAUUCCCCCUGAUAUUUGGGUUUCUGUUUUGAAUAUGGUUAGAGCUAAAGAUGAGGACAAGCUAAUAUCUACAAUCAAGGAAGCGAAAGAGAAGCUAAGCACCAUGCCUUCUAACCGUGAGAAGGACACCUCAACUGAAACAAAUUCAUCUGACCAAGUGCGUGGUAUCUAUUACCAGCAUCCUCAUCAAAAUGACAAGGCACAGCCGUCAUCUGAGGGGAUGGUAGACCAUUUUUACGAGAAGAAAGUCAUACUGAGAAAAUACGAUUUCCUGUCGGUACAGCUCUGUCCUCACAUGAUACGAGGAAUUCUCCAACCUAACGUCCAAAUAGUUAAGGUGGAUAACCAUCUUAAUGUUUGCAUUGAACACCGGAAGUAUCCGAGGGAGACAUUUUCGCGUACAACUAGACACCAGGCAUCAAGGGAACGGUAUGAGAGCAUUGAAGAAUACAUUCAGACUUGGGAACCAGUUCUUUCAAUGGAAGCAGCGACGCAAGCGGUCAGAGAGAAUGACGGUUUCACCAUUGAGAACCUUAACGUGGCAUGGAAACGCAAGGCUGAAAACGCAAGAGGAGUGUUUAAGCUACCUUUAAGCUACUGUGAUAGUCGACAGCUGGAUUUUCAUAACGGAGAUCUUGUAUGUAUCCGCAUGUCCUACUGCGAAACGUCACCUCCUUCAGGGGAAAGUGAAAACGGCGUUAAGUCCUCCAAAGACAAUCUACAUCAUUCAAACACAGAUAGAACAGUAAGUGACUUUUGGGUGGCACACUGUAUUAUCAAAAACGUUAACGUUUUGAAAAAAAAAUCGGAGAUAAAAGUUAAAAUGGACCUCCAUCAAUCGGCAUCAAACAUACCAGAAGGACUUUCCAACGAACAAAGUUACAGAUGUACUUUAGAGCUCAUCCACAGAACACUUCCUCAGAGACGAAUGUAUGCGGCGCUGUGCAGUCUGGAACACUCAUCUGAGGUAGUUCAUGCUAUUUGCAGAGGAGACGAACCGUCAAAAGAAAAUUAUGGUGAACUCCCUACCAGCUUUUUUUUGACGCAGUAUGGAUUUAAGAGGUUGAAUACAUAUCAAAAGACCGCAGUCAAACAAGCACUUUGUAAUCCAUUUACACUUAUACAGGGUCCACCAGGUACUGGGAAAACCGUAACAGGAGUGCACAUCGCCUACUGGUUUGCAGAGCAAAACAAAACGAAGUCUUGCAAGUUGUUGGAAAAAGAGACUGGUGAAACUGAAAACGAUGGAGCACACAAAUCACCGCCUCAAGUUAUUUAUUGUGGACCGUCGAAUAAGUCUGUGGAUGUGGUUACAGAGCUCCUUUUGAAAAUACCAGAUUUGAAAGUUCUCCGAGUUUACAGUGAUCAAGUUGAGCAGAAAGAGUUUCCAAUUCCAAACAAGUUGAAGCCAGCACGAACAACAAGGAGUGAUGACGAAAUGAAAAUUUCCAGUGACCAAAUAAGGUCUGUAUCCCUUCAUCACGUGAUUAGAGAUCCU